AUGGCUCCCGUGAUAGUCAAUCCAGAGAUAGCUAGAGAAUCUCCGAGCAAAACGUCAACAACACCUCAUCAUGAUCACUCUUCGACAAGAGUACCCCAAUAUCUACCACCUUUUCUAUCAAUGCAUCCUGUCGAUGAUACUCAAUUGUUAUUCAGGUUGUAUCUAGAUAAUACAUGUGACGCAAGUAACAAAACUGCUUUGAGUCAUAAGCCAGUACAUUUACCCUCAAAAUCUUCGAAUCAUUCAUCAUUUCAUCAAAAUCUACAGAACUUCCUGCCAACGAACGAAUCUUCUCCCAUCCACAACGCCAACACAGUGCCACUGACAAUGGCGCAGUCAGAGUAUCACGGACUGGAUCCAUAUUUGACGAGACAUAUCUACCCACCACUACUCUACGUGAAUCGAAACUCGCCGUCUGUUAACCGUCAAUACUCUCGUCCCAUGUCACUCCCGUCAAUACCAACGCCCACAGUUUCAAAACCGAAACGGACGUACUCAAAAAAAGUGUGUUCAGUGUUUUCUGAGCAACAGCCACCAGAACAAUCUGCCCCAUGCCCACCAGCUCCGAGUCAACCAGUGUAUUCGAAUGGUUUGCCAUCUAUUAUACCUUCAACAGUCAUGGUACCAUCUUUUCAGUCGGAUGGCCAUUGCCCAUCCAAAGGUGUGACAGGAACAGAAGAUUUCUUUCCACUAACACCAUCUUCUUCGAUAAACUCGUCCACAAAAUCAUCGCCAACAAUUGGUAAUUCCGACUUCUCUCUUCUAUCAAUUCGACAACCAUCAUCCUCGGCACAGAUGGAUAUUACGGAAUCAAAUUUACGAUUACAGCAAUACUUUGCAUCUCAAAGGUGCCCAUCUACUCCAAGUCCAAAUAUCAAUUCCUUCACAGGACAGAAAACUUCUCUCGUACAUGAACUACCGUCGGGUAUCCAUACAGAGCAUGCGAAAAGUCAAUCGACGGUACUGGGAUCUUCGAACAUGUUCGAUCCGAUCUCUUCAAUAUCUACAUCAGUUAUUUCCAAAAAAGGAAGAAAGAAGCGGGUGAAAGUGGCCCAUACCUUGAAUAAGCAACGGGAAAAUGAGAAACGAAAACAUAGAAAAUCAUCUAUGAAAGAGAUUCGGGCAAAAAGGGAACUUCGGCGUAUUACGAAUCGUAAUCGAUUGGCUAUUUUGAAAUUCAUGAUGCGAAAGAGAAAGCAAGGAAAACAAGGACGAAAACCAAUACCAGAAUGUUUGGAUACAAAUAUGCAAUCUAUAUCAACAGAGUCAUCGCCAGUUUUUACAGAGAAACAAUCAAAUUUGCCAGAGAUCAUUGCACCGUGUUUGAAAAUCUCUAUUGAUUCCAGUCAAAAUAUCGAAUCAAUUUCUCUGUUUUAUCAUCGGCGACGUCGACCAGAGAUUGUCAAAGAAAAUACUCCUACCGCUUCAACUAGCAUUGACAACAGACUUGGCUUGUUGCUCGAAGCAGUAGAAUUUAUCGAAACGCUCCAGGAAAACUCAAAAUCUGCCACAGUUUCAAUCAAAUGA